AUCAAUAUCCUCGUAUAUCCAGUUCAUCCCUGGAGAUGAAAGCAUCAGUUACCAUUUGUUUCUAGUAAACGAUAAAAGUAAAUUAACAAAAUGUAUCUCUAUACAAAUUUUUGAAAUAGUGUAAUUUUGUGAAUUUUAAAUCUUAUAAUGAAUCAGUAAAAAAAUAAAUCAAACAUGGAUAAACGUCUUUCACUUGGAAUAAAUGCCAGUAUUCUUCUUGUUUUAAUAAUAUUUUGUGCUCUAUUAUCUCUGCCUUUAAAAUAUUUAUUUAAUACAAAUUAUAAAGAAACUGAAUCAAAAGAAUUUGAAUUAUUGGAAAAAAAUGAGGAAAUUAUUAUUGAAGAAAAAAAAGAUUUUAAAAAAAUGAAUAUUUGUCCCUUUAACUACGAAUUUUGGAUGAAAUCAUUAUUUAUUACAAAUUAUGAUCAAAAUUGUACUGAACAAACAAAAAUUAAAGAAGAAAUUCAAGUAUCCCUUUUUGAAGAAAUUGACGAAAAUAAAACAGAUUUAAAAACCAAAAAUAAUGAAAUUCUUUCUUUGUACGAAACAAAGAAAAAGGAAAUAAAUAAUAAUAAUAAUAAUGAACAAAUGAAUAAAUCAAUUCCUGUUGCAAUACAUAUUCUUGCAAUAAUGCUUGUCGUUUCUGUGAUUGUGGCAAUGGUUGAGGUUGUGAGGAUUCGCUUCGCCAGGGAUAAGGACUUGUCAACAACUGGCAACGUCACUAUGAGGAGGGGAUCAAUUAUUAAUUUAAUGGCUCAAAAGAAGGAAAUGCUCAAAAGUCAACGCUCCCUUGAUCUUCAAGCAAUGCAUCGAUCAACAAGACUUCUUGGAAUGAAAUCAGUAUCAUUACAAGGGCGAAGAGGUCACGUACCCCGUGGGCCUCGUGCCUAGGGAUUAUUAAAACGUAAGACGUCUUUCUUUCGUCGUUCGUCUUUUCCAAUUCAAGAUAUCACGAAAAUUAUUCACUCAAACAGAGAAUUAUCAAAAUGGUCCUCCAUUGACACGGAAGAUGUGAUUAGUAAUCAUCGCGCACAUUUAAUACGAC